AUGAAGAUUGAAUUCGCUCCUCGCCACAUCCCGUGGGAGAGACGGCUUCAGACGGCUUCAGUGCUUCAAUGGGUCUUCUGUUUUUUCUGCAUGGCUCAGUGCUCCAUUGCCGUCUUCAUCCUCCUCCUCUUCACACGCUUCUGGCUGAUCAGCGCCCUCUAUGCUGUUUGGUGGGCGUUCGACUGGGACACCCCGAGCAAAGGUGGGCGGCGCUCCCACUGGAUGCGGAAUUCGGUCGUCUGGCAAUACAUGAAAGAUUAUUUCCCGGUUUCGCUGGUGAAGACGGCAGAUUUGGAUCCAUCCAAGAACUACAUCUUCGGCUUUCAUCCACAUGGCAUCUUGCCAGCUGGCGGCAUCAUUAAUUUCUGCACCGAAGCCACCGGCUUUUCCAAACACUUCCCAGGCCUGAAGCUUCACCCGACGAUGUUGGAUAUGUUGUUCCGAGCCCCCUUUUUCCGGGAUUACGUGAUGAGUAUAGGUUUUAUUCCCUCAGACAAGGAAUCUAUUUCCUAUGUCUUGAGGAAAAAGGAAGGUGGGAAUAUCGUAAUCAUAGUUGUGGGAGGGGCCAAGGAAGCCCUAGAAGCCCGUCCCGGAGCUUACACCCUCGUGUUAGAGAACCGCAAGGGCUUCGUUCGGCUGGCCAUAGAGAAUGGGUAA